AUGAACCAUGAAUCCCAGAAACCCAAGAAUUUAGUGCCCCAGAAUCCUCCAAAUGUCCAGGAGUCCCAAGAGGCACAGAAAUUCCAGGAGGCCUUGACAAGCCUGGAGUUUCUUGAUGCUCAGAAGCUCCCUGAGAUCCUGGUUAAAUUGAACAUAAUGAGAUUCAGGGGGCACCUGUGUUCCGUAGUUGCUGUCCUGGUGAGUUUUGUUGGAAACUACAACUCGAAUGAGCCCUACCAAGGGGAAGACUCACUUUAUGCGCCUCACUUCUACCUCACUGCUCAGGAGCUAAACUUGGCUGAAAACAUUCUCUUCCAAUUUCAGAAAGUGCCUGACAGUACUAUCCAAGAUAAAUUGUCUGUCCAAAGUCAACCCACCAACAUAUGUGAUAUAAUCAGCCAGUAUAUCAGCCUAGAAGAAAUUGUUUCAGAUAUAGGUGGAAGAGAAGACAUUAUGAUGAGUUCAUUGCUGGGCAACUCCUGUGUCAUAAUGACUACUCCAGGCAAUCAGUUUUGUUACCUCAACUAUCAUUAUUUGCUUCUCCAAGAAUUUUUCACAGAAUUUCUGGUAAUGAACCAUGGCUACCUGCACAUAGACCCUGAAUCUCAGAUCAUGGACUGA